UAUGAUGACCUACUACCCGAAGGACACUCUUGCUGAUGGAUCAGUCAACGUGACAGUUCGCUAUAAGCUCAGCUUCCGCUCAUGUACAGAUGAAGAUACGUGGGAUUGCACUGGAAACUGUGGAAGUCAGACCGUCGCAUUAAAAAUAGUGGAUCAGGCGAGCAGCGAAGACUGGUGUCAGAGGGAGGGAGUCAUGACUCGGCUGGUUCCCAGCAACGCUCCAUUUCAGCUUGUAUUGGAUGGUGGCGCUUGGAUUAACAACAUUAAAAAUGGCAUUGCAAGUUGGAAAGCUGUGACUAGUGUUGAACUUAGAAACCGAUCAGACACCGGCAAAGCCAACACAUCACCGCAGACCACCAUCAUGCCAGCUGUGAGAGUUCCUUCAAACUGUCAAAGAGAUUUGAACUUAUUGGCAUUUGACCCAGAUGGAGAUGCGGUCACAUGCAGAUAUGGAAGUGAUGCAUUGUCAGAGUGUAACCCCUGCACACCACCGUCUGUCCUCAGCCUCUCACCUUCUUGUACGCUGUCAUUCAGCCCCACUAACAGCAGCAAUGAAGGUCCGUAUGCUGUGCAGCUGGUGAUGGAGGACUUUCCCAGUCAGACCAUCAGCCUGACACAAACCAAUGGUUCAUUGGUGGUGAAAACUACCAACGACGCAAUCAGCAAGAUACCCAUUCAAUUUGUUUUGAUAGUGGAUCCUUCUGUACCAUCCUGCACAGAGGGAGACUUUCUGCCCAAGUUUCUAUCUCCAACUCCAGCCAACAGAGCUCAGCUGUUCACCUUUGUUAAUCAGGCACUAGAAAUAACCAUCAGAGCAGAGGCUGCUAACUCCACGAUCUCUGAACUGCUGUUCAGUGGGCCAUACAACGUAAUCCAGAAUUCAACAGGCUCACGGCAGUUUACCCUAAAUUGGACGCCAUCGGAUCAAGAAGAUGGAGAAAGCCAUCCCAUCUGUUUCGUCGUUAGUGCAAACAGUACAUCUGGUGGCGCUCUGUAUCACUCUGAGCUUCGAUGUGUCAUUGUGACAGUCAAAAACAGCCUAUCAAUAACUACAACACCUUCUGUGAGAAUCACAUCAUUGAUUCCAACAACUGAACAGCCUACAACAUUGACAACUACAACUGCACUGAUUACAACAACCACACAGCUUACAACCAUGGCAACUACACCUGCACUGUCUACAACAACCACACAGUCUACAACCAUGACAACUACAGCUGCACUGACUACAACAACCACACAGCUUACAACCACAGCAACUACACCUGCACUGUCUACAACAACCACACAGCCUACAACCAUGACAACUACAGCUGCACCGACUACAACAACUAUACAGCCUACAACCACGGCAACUACCCCUGCUCUGGCUACAACAACCACACAGCCUACAACCACGACUACAGCUUCUCAGACUACAACAACCACACAGCCUACAACCAUGACAACUACAGCUGAACCGACUACAACAACCACACAGUCUACAACCAUAACAACUACAGCUGAACUGACUACAACAACCACACAGCCUACAACCAUGACAACUACAGCUGAACUGACUACAACAACCACACAGUCUACAACCAUAACAACUACAGCUGAACCGACUACAACAACCACACAGCCUACAACAGCAACUACACCUUUACUGUCUACAGCAACCACACAGCCUACAACCAUGACAACUACAGCUGUACUGACUACAACAACCACACAGCCUACAACCAUGAUAACUACAGCUGAACCGACUACAACAACCACACAGUCUACAACCAUGACAACUACAGCUGAACCGACUACAACAACCACACAGUCUACAACCAUGGCAACUACAGCUGAACUGGCUACAACAACCACGCAGCCUACAACCACAGCAACUACAGAUGCACCAACUACAACAACCACUCAGCCUACAACCACGACUACAGCUUCUCAGACUACAACAACUACACAACUUACAACUAUGACAACUACAGAUGCACUGACCACGACAACCGAACAGCCAACAACCAUGGUAACUACACCUGCACUGUCUACAACAACCACACAGUCUACAACAGCAACUACACCUUUACUGUCAACAACAACCACACAGUCUACAACCAUGACAACUACAGCUGCACUGACUACAACAACCACACAGCCUACAACCAUGACAACUACAGCUGAACCGACUACAACAACCACACAGUCUACAACGAUUACAAAUACAGCUGAACCGACUACAACAACCCCACAGCCCACAACAACAGCAAUUGCACCUUUACUGUCUACAACAACCACACAGUCUACAAUCAUAACAAAUACAGCUGCACUGACUACAACAACCACGCAGCCUACAACCACAGCAACUACAGAUGCACCAACUACAACAACCACACAGGCUACAACCAUGACAACUACAUCUGCAUUAACUACAACAACCCCACAACCUACAACCACAGAAACUAUAGCUGCACCAUCUACAACAACCACACAGUACACAACUGUGACAACUACAGGUGCACUGACUACAACAACCCCACAACCUACAACCACAGAAACUACAGCUGCACCAUCUACAACAACCACACAGUCUACAACCAUGACAACUACAGCUGUACUGGCUUCAACAACCACACAGCCUACAACCACAUCUACAGCUACACUGUCUACAACAACCACGCUGCCUACAACCACAGUAUCUACAGAUGCUCUGACUACAACAACCACACAGUCUACAACCAUGGCAACUACAGCUGAACUGGCUACAACAACCACGCAGCCUACAACCAUAGCAACUACAGGUGCACAGACUACAACAACCACACAGCCUACAACCAUGACAACUGCAUCUGCAUUGACUACAACAACCCCACAACCUACAACCACAGAAACUACAGCUGCGCCAUCAACAACAACAACACAGUUCACAACUGUGACAACUACAGGUGCACUGACUACAACAACCACACAGCCUACAACAACGGCAACUAUAGCCGCAACAACUACAGCAACCACACAGCCUACAACCCCAACAACUACAGCUGGACUGACUACAACAACUACACAGCUUAUAACCAUGAGAACUACACCUGCACCGAAUACAACAACCACACAACCUACAACCACAACCCCAGCAGCAAUGACUGCAACAGUCACACACCCUACAACCACAACAACUACAGCUACACUGAAUACAACAACCAUGCAGGAUACAACCACAGCAACUACAGCUACAUUGACUACAACAACUGAACUGCCUACAAACAUGACAACUACAGCUGCACCAACUACAACAACCAUGCAGGCUACAACCAUGACCCCAUGUAAUACUACACUAAUUACAACACCUGCCUCUGGCCCAUUUGCUGUUUUUUCUAUCACCGUGAGGAUCUCGACUACACUGUCAUUGAAAAACAACAGUGAUGCCAUACUUACACAACUUAAAGGGGAACUGGUGAGACAAGGCCUCCCAUCAAACAUAAGACUACGCCUUGGGAGCAGUGGAAGAGUGGAAAUAACAACCACACUUGGUGUUUGAUUGAUUAUGAGCAUGCAACUAAGGCUGGGCUUACACCAGAAGACUUUUAAAAGAUUUGCACAAGACAAGACAUCUAAAGACCAAUGUUUAGAGUCUUAAGUCUCAGCCUAGUCUCUGACUGAGAUUUGACAAAGACUGUGAAUCUAUAGGGUCACAAAUUACAAGACUGCAACUAGAUUCUUUUAGCAUUUUUUGUGACAUGUUGGACAGUUGAUAU